AUGGAAGCAGGACCCGUGCAGUGGGAAAACUUGGACGUUUCCGACGUAUCCACCGCUGCUACGGACGUUCCCAUCGUCAUCCGCAAGUGUAUCGAAUUGUUCGAAGCGCACGAGGCCGACGUCCACUCCAACGCGCAGGGACGGAACAGACCCGUGGUCUUGGGACAAGUGGGGAUUCGCUGUCGCUUUUGUGCCGCCGUGCCACCCAAAGAACGAUGCAAGGGAGCAAUGUAUUACCCCUCUCGUCUUGUGGGUCUCUACCAAGCAGCGCAAAAUUUAGCCAAUUCACAUCUCGUGGGAAUGUGUCCGUUCGUUCCAGCAGACAUUCGCGAUCAGCUGGUCAGCCUCAAGGACAAAAAGUCGGCGGCGGGUGGAGGCAAAACCGAGUGGGCUGAUCGAGCGCAUAAUGUGGGAGUUUUUGAAGACGACCACGGUCUACGGUUUGCGGAGCGCCUGGAUUCAUUCCGGACCCAGCUCCGUGGAGUUGGUCACCAUUAG